CAAAGUUCUUCGAAAUAUUAUUAUUCUGCCGUCAGAGGACAAAUGCCAAAUCCGUCAUUAUAAGUUAGGAUUUAAGAAAAUUACACUUUAUUAUUUUAAGGAAAGAGGAGAUCUCUUUUUGGUAGAUCCCCCUACAAGAUGUCCGAUGAAGAUGAAGUCCCAGUGGUGAAGAAGGCCAGGAUCUUCUAUGGAAGCCUGGAGGAGAAAGAGAGGGAGCGCUUGGGCCGUGAGGGUACCUCAGCAGGGAAAGAUGCAGUCAAGGCUGGAAUAGAGGCUGGCAACAUCAACAUCUCCAGUGGUGAAUCUCUGGAAAUUGAGGAUCGUGUGAGUGACCGACAGGCUGAGGUACUAGCGGAGUUUGAGAGGCGAAAAAGAGCCAGACAGAUCACUGUUUCAACUGAUGACACGGAGGUCAAAGCCUGCCUGCGUGCUCUUGGCGAGCCAAUCACACUGUUUGGGGAGGGGCCUGCCGAGAGGAGAGAGAGGUUGAGGAAUAUUCUGUCUGUAGUUGGCCCUGAUGCGCUGAAGAAAUCUAAGAAGGAGGAAGAGAAAGCGAAACACUCCCAGGAAGAGUAUCAACAGACGUGGUACCAUGAAGGACCAACAACUCUGAAGGAAGCCCGUCUUUGGCUGGCCAGAUAUUCACUGCCCAGAGCAGUGAAAAGAUUAGAUGCUGCACGGGCCCAAAAAGAAAUUCCGGAAUCCACGCGCACAGUCCGACAGCAAGAACUUCACAAGGCAUUAAGGAACCUGAACAAUUUCUGCAGUCAGAUCGGAGACGACCGGCCGAUCUCAUACUGCCAGUUCAGCCCCAACUCCAAACUACUGGUUACUGCUUCUUGGAGUGGUUUGUGCAAACUUUGGAAAGUUCCAGACUGUAGUCUUAUCCGCACACUAAGGGGUCACAACACCAACGUGGGAGCCAUUAGCUUCCAUCCUCAGGCAACACUCACACUUGAGGAGUCUGAUGUGAACAUGGUCUCCUGUGCGGCUGAUGGAUCUGUCAAGCUUUGGAGUCUUGACAGUGAUGAGCCUGUGGCGGAUAUUGAGGGCCACACAAUGAGAGUAGCGCGCGUCGCUUGGCACCCAUCUGGAAGAUUUCUGGGCACAACCUGUUACGAUCACUCAUGGCGUCUGUGGGACCUAGAGGCCCAGGAAGAAGUCCUGCAUCAGGAAGGUCACAGUAAGGGGGUCCAUGAUCUACACUUCCACCCCGACGGCUCUCUGGCAGGAACUGGUGGUCUUGAUGCAUUUGGCCGAGUUUGGGACCUGAGAACCGGCCGCUGUGUAAUGUUCUUGGAGGGCCACCUCAAAGAAAUCUACAGCGUCGACUUCUCUCCCAAUGGGUUCCACAUGGCCACAGGAAGUGGUGAUAACACAUGUAAAGUGUGGGACCUGCGUCAGAGGAAGUGCAUCUACACCAUCCCAUCUCACCAGAACCUGCUGUCUACAGUCAAGUUCCAGCCCACAGAUGGUCAUUUCUUGCUGACUGGGUCUUAUGACCACAUGGCCAAAGUGUGGAGUCAUCCUGGGUGGUCACCCCUGAAGACCCUGGCUGGGCACGAGGGUAAAGUGAUGGGACUGGACGUGUCUCCCGACGGACAGCUCAUCGCGACCUGCUCCUACGACCGCACCUUCAAACUCUGGAUGUCAGAGUGAGGAAGGCUGUCUUGAGUGUGUGUGUGUGUGUGAGAGAUUUGCAUGUAGGGGAGAGUCUGAUUUGUGCUUACUUGUCUGUUGAGAGUGUGUGUAAGUCAUGUCUCACCUCAUGGCCGGCCUGUGAAAAGGACACUGUCAGGGUGUCUCUGUAAUUCUCUCAGUGACUAUAAUCAAAAUCCAUGGUUUUUCUGACCUUACGCUACCCACAGCGCUCGGAGUGUAGUAUCUGUCAGUUUUUGUCUCAUUCCAUCAUCUACAUAUUCUUAACAGUUCAGUUGAUUUUGAACUCAGAAUAGAAUUGCCCUAGCUGGGAGAGUGAACAUGCAGAAUGUGCAAACAGUCAUUUGUUUGUCAGAGAACUGGUGCUCUAGGCAGUCCACUGAAGUGAUUACAAACAUAAUAACAUCAUUAGGGUGCAUACACUUCCAUUCAUUACUUGUGGUCACAGUGUUACCACUUUUCAGUGUCCCUUUCCCUGAUUUCAGCCACAACAAAUUCCACAGUGAGAGUUUUUACAUUAGUGUAUGGUUUUGCUGUUUUGUUUUUAAAUUGUGAUUAGUUAUAGCCAAAACCAGUGUUUUUCCAAUGUCGUCUUUGAUGUUUUGGUUUUGUAUUAAAAA